AUGAUUGUCAAGGUUUGCCACCAUCUCCAUAGGAUCUCAGACUCGAGCACCAAAGAAGAAACACUUUCAGCAAUCGUCAGCCUCGCCACAAAGCAUCUGAGCCCGGUGGUGGACAGCUUGCUGGAGUGCUCAGCAGAGUGCGAUGAGUAAGAGCCUCUAAGAGAUGUGUGUUAAGGGGAAAUACCAUAUAGAAAGACAUAAAAUUAGGGUAGAUUGCUUUGCAAAAGGUAUAUAUCCUUAUUCCAGCAGCAAGCUGAUGAAACCCAUCCUGCAAAGGCUUCAGGAUAAAGACCCCAAUUACAGGCGAUGCCGCAUGUCACAAACUCCGAUAGUGGUACAAAACCAUUCAGUUUUUCUCUCCUGGAUUGUUCUUGAAUGGGAGCUGGAUGGGGGUAGGGGCUUUUUGCUGGGAGGGGGGGUACAUCUUAAUAACUGGCCUAGCAGCAUCUUAGUGGUCCAUCGCUGUGAGGCUCAGUGGCAGAGCACCUGCCUUAUAUGCAGAAGGGUCCCAGCAUCUCCAUGUCGGGGAGUCCCUCACCUCAAACCCUAGACAGCCACUGCUAGUCAGUGUGGACAACACUAAGUGAGAUGGACCAGGGUCCUGAGUUGCAUCCUGCAGAGAGUUGGGAGAUCUUGAUCUGAUGAUGACCUCUGCUGAAUGCCGUUCUCCUGUCCUGAAAAUACGUAUCUCAGGCGUCACAGGCCGGGGUAAAGAGGUGCACCUUCAGCGGAACACUUAGCGGUUCUUCCUGCCAGCUUCAGGCUUGUGCAUCCUUUGUCUCUUACGCUUAUGUUUCAGGACCUUGUUCACAUCAUCCCAGGGGCAAUACAAGAGCAUUGCCAGACUGGCACGGGACUAUACGUGUCAUCCCAACUUGAAGAAAAGAGCCAUAGGGAUGGCAUUCUACUUGGAGGUGAGGGUCGGAAAUGGGGAACGCCUGCAGGCGCUCCUGCUUUGAAACAACUGUGCCCAGGCAGGCAAGGAAAGCAGAGGGUGUAAGAAGGUCUCGUGGGGGUGAGGGAAGCAUGCAACACACCCAUGUGGGGAGCGAACUCCACAAUUUACCACCCUUCUCUAAAUCCAUUUGCAUUCAUCAUUGUUUCAUAAGAACAGGGCAGAGCAGAUAAUGUCUACAGAGAGGGUGGAAUGAAAUCUGCAUACUGGGGUUGGCUAAAAAGAAAGGCAAAUGAACCACUCUUGUUUUGCACAAUUUAUAUCUGGGUUGUUUCCUGCCAGCUCCGAGUUCUGCAGGAGCACUGGAAAUCAUAUUCAGCAAACUCUGCUGGCUCUGGAGAUUGAUUUGCAAGAUACUGCCCUGCACUCUCAUGCAUCCCUUCCUUGACAGAGGGAGCUAGAUAUGACUUGGGAUACGACUUGGGUGAAAUUGGAGGAGCAGAGGGUAGUGACUGGGGCAACACAAUCAGGUGGGCUGGGUGCAAGUAACCCUGGUGGUGAUGGUUGUUGUGCAGGAACACUUAGCGGUUCUUCCUGCCAGCUUCAGGCUUGUGCAUCCUUUGUCUCUUACUCUUAUGUUUCAGGACCUUAUUCACAUCCUCCGUUGA